AAUAAUGAAAGGUAACUAGUGAAAGGAACGACAUUGUGAACAAUGAGUGAAAGACCUUUAGUAGAAACAAGAAAGCUUCAAGAAUGUAUGCCUCAUUCUCCAUGAAUCAAGCUCUACUAAUUUAGCUUUGAUCAUGGAAAGACACAAUCAUAAACCUCCCACUCAACAAACCCAUUUCAUUAAAUAUUUACUGCUCUCCCUCACCACUCCCCACUCAAAAUUUAUUUCACCACUCCCAAGUCCUCCAUACAAGCUCCAACCAACGAUUUAUGGUGUGCAGUGCACAAGCAAAAACAUGGCUGCAGCAGAAACCAGCAAGCCCCUGCCUUUCUUCUUCACCAUCCUCAUCAUAACCUCCACUACCAUCCUUCUUUCUCCCCUCUCCGGCGCCAACUCGUCGUCGGAGUUCGGCAUCGAAGACGGAUGGAGCGCCAGCAGCGGGAUGAACAAGAACGAGGAGGCCGAUGACGUGAACAUUGUCCAGACCAGCAGGCAUGGCUUCUUCUCAUCGGCUUCUACUAAAAGGGCAUGUGACUUUACUUCUGGGAGAUGGGUUUAUGACCAAUCCUAUCCUCUUUACGACUCCAAUUGCCCUUACCUCACCACCGCCGUCACCUGCCAGAAAAACGGUCGCCCUGAUUCCGACUACCAGAAGUGGAGGUGGAAGCCCCAUGGCUGCUCUGUUCCAAGGUUUGAUGCCCUGAAGUUUCUAGGGAAAAUGAGGAGGAAGAGAGUAAUGUUGGUGGGUGAUUCGAUAAUGAGGAAUCAGUGGGAAUCUCUGGUGUGUUUGGUCCAAGGGGUUAUUCCGACUGGCCGUAAAUUGGUGUCCUAUGAUGGCCCUUCCAUGGCCUUCCAUGCUAUGGAUUACGACGCAACGAUCGAGUUCAGCUGGGCUCCCCUGCUGGUGGAGCUGAAGAAAGGGUCUGGCAACAAGCGGAUUCUGCAUCUGGACAUGAUUGAAGAGAAUGCCAGAUACUGGAGAAAUGUCGACUUCCUCGUCUUCGACUCUGCUCAUUGGUGGACUCAUUCCGAGGCUUGGAGCUCGUGGGACUAUUACAUGGUAGGGAAGACGAUGUACCAAAAAAUGAACCCAAUGGUUGCUUACCAAAAGGGUUUGACAACAUGGGCGAAAUGGAUCGACCUCAAUCUCGAUCCGAGCAAAACCAAAGUCGUUUUUCGGACCAUGUCUCCUAGACACAACAGGGAGAAUGGGUGGAAGUGCUACAAGCAGAAGAAGCCAUUGCCGUACAUGAGCCACAGGCAUGUGCCAGAACCGGUGGUGGUGGUGAAAGAGGUGGUGAAGAAGAUGAGGUUCCCAGUGUAUUUGCAGGACAUCACAUCGAUGUCGGCUCUGCGGAGAGACGGGCAUCCUUCGGUGUACAGAAUAACCCAAGAGGAGAAGAACAAGAAGAAGCGACUACAGAAGGAUAUAUCGUCGGAUUGCAGCCACUGGUGCCUCCCUGGUGUCCCUGAUAUCUGGAAUGAAAUGCUGGCUUCUCUGAUGUAGCUAGCGCACGUUUUAAAUUUAGAAGAAUGUGGUGUUGUUUGUUCAUCAUAACUUUAUCCAGAGACUCUUUUAUUUAGUAAAUCAUAUCCGUACUUCUACACUAUCUAGUAUGGUGCAUAUGAAAUUGAUCACAAUUUCACAAAGACCAGGACUUACAUGAAAGGUACCAGACAAACAAAAUACAGUAUACUGUUGAAGAUGGCAAGUUUCAGAGCUUAAAAUGCUGCAAUGCAGGUUUUCCAUCAAGGCCUUUCCCAAUGAAAUGAGAUUCGUAAUCGGCAAUUGUAGUUUCCCUGUAUUUCGGAGGAUCGUCUUCUGAUAACAACUCUUUUAUAGGUCCGUACUUUCUAAGGAUUCGACGAAAACCCAGUGGUGAAAAAGGAUGCUACAGAAACUCUCGGUCUAAUGCUCUUACUAAUCACCCUAUGCUCCACGCUUACGAACUUGUCAUUCGAUAUCAGCUGGAGCAAAUCACUAAUGUUAACCACCAGAGCUCCAGGUAGAGGUGGCACAUCAACCCAUUGAUUCUGAUGAAGAACUUGAAGACCUCCAACAUGGUCUUGUAGCAGCACCGUAAUGAAG